CACCAACACGCGCGUGCGCUGCGUUAUACGGUCACUUCUUUCACUUCACACACCCUGAAUGGACACAGUCACCACUCAUGCGGACUCAAAAGACUCAUUUCCAAUAGAAAGCUGUGAUCUAGUAAAAGUGGAACUACAAGAUGAACACACCACUUCCCUUCCUAAUCAACAUUUCAAGUCCUUCCCCAGGCUCGCUGGAUUCUGAAAAUGGCAAUGAAAGCUGCCGCUUUGAUGAAGAGUUCAAAUACAUUCUGCUGCCUGUAUCGUACUCAAUAGUGUGUGUCCUCGGCUUGGUGUUCAACUCCGUGGCCCUGUGGAUGUUCCUGACUAAGAUGCGUCCCUGGAACGCUAGCACGGUGUACAUGUUCCAUUUGGCACUGUCAGACAUGCUAUAUGUACUGUCUCUUCCCACUCUCAUCUACUACUAUGCCAAUCGCAAUCACUGGCCCUUUGGUGUGGCCCUGUGCAAAGCAGUGCGCUUCCUGUUCUAUGCGAACCUUUACUGCAGCAUCCUUUUUCUCACGUGUAUCAGCGUGCAUCGCUACAUGGGCAUCUGCCACCCAAUCCGCUCACUCUCACUAGCCAAUCCACGCUAUGCUCAGAUGGUAUGCGGUCUGGUGUGGGCAGCUGUGACCGCAUGCUUGAUUCCCAACCUAAUAUUUGUCACCACUACACAGCGGGAUAAUGACACAUUGUGUCAUGACACAAGUAGUCCCUCUGAUUUUGAAAAUUAUGUCACCUACAGCUCGGUCGUGAUGACACUGCUCUUCGGGGUGCCCUUCAUUAUCAUCAUGGUGUGUUAUUGCCUAAUGGCACGUGCUUUAUGCCGCCCCGGAAAGAUUUCUUCGAGUCAGAGGGGCAACUCGAGGAGGAAGUCCAUUAAACUCAUCAUUAUAGUGCUGGUUGUAUUUGCUGUUAGCUUUGUCCCUUUCCACAUCACUCGCACGCUUUACUAUACAUACCGUGUUCUGGAGGCUGACUGCUGGGUCCUCAACAUUGUCAACUUCACAUACAAAGUCACACGGCCACUAGCCAGCUCCAACAGCUGUCUGGACCCGAUCCUCUAUUUCCUGGCGGGCGAUCACUACCGCACCAAACUUGCACGAGCAUUUGCUAAGAAGCGAGUUCCUGGCAAUUUGCACAAUUUGCACUCUCCUCCAGAUAAAAAUAAUGACCUUGCUUUGGUUUUCAAAAGCCCUGCUGUGCAAGCAAGUAGAGACUGUCCACACUAGAGCUGCGUGUGUGUUCCCAAACAAUGUAAGUUGCUUUCUGAAUUACAGCCAGGGAGAAUGAUGGUUGCGUUUUGAUCUGCAAAGCGUCGCCGGAAUUGCACAACUUCUAGGAGAUGUUCUUUAUGUCCAUUGGUGUGAGAUUCAACAUGUUUACCAUCUUUUGAAGGGCCACUGUCAAGAUAUAAACAUUUACAUAAUGUUACCAUUUAAAGUCAGUUUUGGAAUACACUCCUGAUCUAUUUAUCUUAUUCUCUUAAAUGCAGAAAUACUCUUACAUUGUUAAAACUACAGUUAGAAAACAAUUCUCACGCACAAUCAGUGCAAUAAAAUACUACAAUUAAGUGUAAAAGGUGGAGAUUAGUCUUCUGGUAUUACAGAAAUGCAGACACAUACAAUGGUAGACUGUUGGACAAGGACAUAAAGGGUUAGAGUUUCUGGCAACUCUGGUAUGCAGCUGUUUUGUCCUACAGUCUAGGAGUUUGUGUGUGUAUGAACUAGAGAAAGAGUAGCAAAUGACCCUGAAUUUAUUGUAAUAUGUAAUAAUUCGGAGACCGUGAGACCAUCUACUUAAUCUUUACACUUUUUUAACUAGAUGCAGGCCAGGGAUUUUCCUAACCAUUUGGUGCUCUAAGCGAGAUCCUACUUGGGUUACCUGCUGGCUCACAGGCAAUAAUCAGAUGCUUAUACCACAUAUACAACCAGAAUCCUCACAGGAUAUUGGCAGUGACAAAAAGACAAAAAAUAUGUACUGCGUGUGUGCAUGUCUGCGCACUCGCAGUAACAAAGGUACCCAGAUUUAUAGACAAAAAUAGAGUCAAAGAAAUUGUCAAGGUAACUUGUACCUUUCCUUGGCAUUGCGGUUUUAGCAUUAAGAGUACACCUUCUGUUCUUUAUUAUGGAUAUAAAUGUGAAUAAUGUAUAGCUUGAGUCAAGAAGAGUUUAUAGAUCCUAAUGACCACUGAUGACCACUGAUGUAACAGUAAAGCUUUAUUUUAAAAGCGAAAAUGAUAAUGUAUCUUCCUGUAAUCAUGGUACAACAAAAGAUGUGUCUGUGGUGUGUGUCUAUUAAAAUAUGACAAAUGUCCUUUAUUAUUCAACAUUUUUGUAAUUAUGCACUGUAUAUAAUGUGGUCAAUCUUUCAUUUACAAAUGUCAUGAAAAACAUCUUAAAUAAUGUGAAGUCCCCAGUAGAUGUCAUUUAUUGUGUAAUUUCCAUUUGAUAUUAAAGAUUUUAUAAUUCCUCUUAUUACCUAA